GCCGGAAGCUCUUCAAUCUGUGACGCUGAAUAUGGUCCUUACAGAGUCAGACGAGGCGCCAAGGCCUGCGCAAGUCAAUGGAAUAUCCAAGGCAGUCGAAGGAGCAGACAAGGUCGUACUCGACCCGAUCGAAGAUGCCAUCGAGGCUUUUGGUCGAGGAGAGUUUCUAGUCGUUGUAGACGACAUGGAGAGAGAGAACGAAGGGGAUCUGAUCAUAGCGGCAGCAAAAGUGACGACAGAGAAGAUGGCAUGGAUGAUACGGCAUACGAGCGGCUACAUAUGUACAGCGCUACGGCAGGACAGACUGAGCCACUUGGGCAUACCUAUGAUGGUGGAAGAUAAUCAAGAGCGCAUGAAGACGGCUUAUACCGUCACUGUCGACUACAGACAAGGCACGACAACGGGCAUUUCUGCACAUGACAGAGCACUGACAGCACGCAUGCUCACCGAUCCAUCGAGCAAGCCAGAGGACUUCUCCCGGCCAGGGCACAUGGUACCUCUCCGGUCCAGAGACGGGGGCACUCUCGUCCGACGAGGGCACACCGAGGCAUCCACAGAUCUAUGCGAGCUCGCUGGCUUGCCAAUAGGUGGCCUACUGUGUGAGCUUGUCAUACCUGACGACCCGCAAGGCGCAAUGGCGCGACGAGACGAUUGCUACGCUUUCGCGAAGCACUGGGGUCUCAACAUGAUUAGCAUCGAGCAAAUAGAAGAACAUAGGCAACGCAAGUGAGCUCCCGUGUCUUGUUGUACGAUCUAGAUUGUUUUGCAGCGCUCAAAUGACAACAACAUGAAAAUGCUAGGAUAUGCUGCUGAGGGCCCAAUCGUCUUGCAACAGCCUGUCUAUCCAACUGGGCUGUCGCACGAACUGAUCGACGAUAGCGUACGAUACAUCUUGCAGUGCGUCGCCGAGAUGAUGAUGGUCGAAUGGAGAGUCGCAGGGCCUCAGCAAGCUGCCGGAUAUGACGCCUGCGCAAUAUACGACGAGAGUGUACAGCACGCAGAGAGCGAGAUGAGCGAUGAGGCCAUUGGGGAGUGAUGACUUUGCUGAGC